AUGGUAAAACAGAACGAUGCGAUAGCUAUUGUCGUUAUCGUAGUGUUCGCAAUACUUGUACUUGUUGGCCUUGCUAGUUUCAAAUACGUUCGAUGGCAAGCCUCGCGGCAAGAUCAACCACAAUAUGCAGAAUCGGCGAGCUCCGCGGCUCCAACAGGAAGCAUAGCUAACGGAGGCCAGGAGAACAAACAGCCGCAACCAGAUCAGUAA